AUGGAGGUGCGCUUAGAAAUCGCCGAGGAAGCGCUCAAGGUGUUCGUCGCGGCGCUGCAGUGCUUGGCUCAAGUCGGAAAGGAGCUAUCCAUCGAGUGUGAUCCCUGUGCGCGUCGUCUCACGCUCCGUGCUCUCAAUGAUGCGCACUCGGCCUCUGGCCAGGUGAUGCUGGACCGAACAUUUUUCUCGGAGUCUCAGAACUGCUGCGUCACCCUUCAAGGCGUCGAUAUCACAUCAACACAGACGAUUAAGACGCGAUUUAAUGGUCGUACACCCUUCAUUAAGUGUAAGGUGUUCGCCAAGUCGUGCUGUAAUGUUUUCCGCACGCUCAAGCACGUGCAGAGUGUCCAGUUAACACUGCUAGUGGACCAAGAAGCGCUGGAGCAAGCAGACGCCAGCCAGGAGGACGUAUCACAGAGUAGCGAAGUGGACGAGGUGGAUCUGGACUGUAUGGAGCUACGCUGGCGGUUGCGCUGCGACUUUGACAUCACCAAGACGCACCACAUGAAGGUGCAGGCGUGCCAGAUCAUGCGCGCUGUGUUCGACAAGGACGCGUGCCCCAAUCGCUGGAGGACACGACAGCACCACUUGAGCUCGCUGCUGGCUCAUAUCCAUCACAGCAGUGAGGUGAGCGUCACGUGUUCAGCGACACACGUCAAGUUCGAGAGCUACUUCUCCAGCACGACAGAUAGUAAGGCCCAGUUGCAGACGGAGACAGCAGUGGAGAGCGCCGAGUUCAACGAGUACAUUUUACAGCCAGCAGCCGAUAGCAUCGACUCGUCAGCACAGUUAAUUUUCUGUAUUAAGGAAAUCCGGGCGCUGCUGGCAUUCUGCAAGACAAGCGACCUGCUGGAAGUGUCGUUCUACUUCAGUACAGGCGGCAGUCCCGUGCUGUUUGCGGCCGAGUCGACGUCUAUGGCCAAGUUCUCCAUCGAGAUGACGCUGUCAACAGUGACGACGUUCCUGCCGGCGUCAUCACAAGCGCGUAGCGAGGAGGAAGUCCCGCUUUUCGCCAAUGGGUACACGCCAUCGAUGUCGCAGUCUUCCUCACAGGAGAAUCCUCGGUAUCUGACCCACAGUAAACGUCUGUGUGUAGAUUAG